AUGACAUUGCUUGGACGCUUGAAUUCUUUGACAUCUGCUUCUGCAUCUGCAUCUGCGUCUGCAUCUGUAUCUGCGUCUGUAUCCGCAUCUGUAUCUGUAUCCAUGUCUGCAUCUGCGUCUGCAUUACCAUCUUCAAGUAAUUCCUCGUCAUCAAAUCAUGAUGCCAUUCUUUUACCUGGUUCGUUUUUAUUUUUUUAUUUGUUACAAAGAAAUCUUAAUAUUUCCCCUGAAAAAUUCAAAAAUGUUGCAGAUUAUCAUGAUAAUGGAACAUUUAAACGUAAAUAUAAGACAGGUGUUGAAUUAGGUAAAGGUGGCUAUGGCACGGUUUAUUCUGGUUUUCGAAUAUCUGAUGGUUUACCUGUUGCUAUUAAAUUUAUUCCACGUUCCAGCGUUACGAAAUUAAAGAAGUUACCAAAUAGUGGACGUGUAGUACCACAGGAACUAAUAUUUCUAUUGGAAUGUGCAAAUAUUGUUGGCGUAAUACAAGUUUAUGAUUGGUUUGAGCGUAAUGAUGGUUAUUUGAUUGUUAUGGAACGUCCGUCACCAUGUGAAGAUCUCUAUAGUUAUAUCUCAAAACAUGGAGUUCUAAAUGAAAAUAUUUCUAGAAUAUUCUUUAAACAGAUAAUUGAAGUGAUUAUUGCUUGUUCAUCUGUAAAUAUAAUACAUCGAGAUAUAAAAGAUGAAAAUAUAGUUGUCGAUUUAAAAACAGGCCAAUUGAAAUUAAUUGAUUUUGGUUCGUCGGCUUAUUGCAAACCAAAUGGUGAAUUAUUCGUUGAUUUUGAAGGAACGCGAGUUUAUAGUCCACCUGAAUGGAUAUUGCAUGGUAAAUAUGAUGGUUUUGAAGCAGCUGUUUGGUCACUUGGUGUACUUUUGUAUGAUAUGGUUUGUGGCGAUAUUCCGUUUCAUUCGGAUCAAGAUAUAAUUUCAAGUCAACGAAAACUAAUCUCAUUGCGUUCUAAAAAUCUUUCAGCCGGAUGCAAAAAUUUAAUAAUGCAGUGUUUGCAAUUUGAUGGUAAAAAUCGUUGUACGUUGGAACAAAUUUUAAAUCAUCCAUGGAUGAAGGGCGAUGAACUGACAAAUAGCAAUUUUAUGUUUUAUCAAGCAAUGAUGGAUCAUGGGAAGGCACCAUCAGUUUUAUCGUCUAAAUCGCAAACUUUUCCACAUUUAUUUCGUGAAUCGAAGGAUCUUAUAAACGAUAAUACGAAACAUUCAUAUAACGAUAAUUUAAUGGCGUCAUAUAAUAAUGAUGAAAGUAAUCCAAUAGCAUCUUCUUCAGCUGAUGAAACAUCGACAAAAAGUGAUAAGAAUAAUUUUCGGAUGAAUGCCGUUUCAUUUCGAGUUGUUGAUAUAACGUGGAAUUCGCGACAUUUACCGCGAAGAUAUUUAAAUGGACAAUGUGAAUCGUUUCCUGAUCAUUCAGCUGUUAUUUAUCCAACAGAUUCAACUCCUUCAAGUGGUUUUAUCUCAAGUUCAAGCUCGUUUCGCGACACAGAAUCAUCGCCAAUUACUGGACCUUUUCUUUUAGGUUCAUAUUAA